AUCCUUUGUAACUAAAUGCACCUAUAGAUACACAUCAAACACUUCAUUUGUUUUAAGUAAUUUAAUAGACUUUUUAAAGGAUAAAAUCGAAAGAGAUCUCAAGAGAAAUAGGGAGAGAUGAGCAUCAGUGAGUCAUAUCCACCGGCUUUCCGGCGUGUAACCAACGACGAAAAUCCUCCAGCAACACCGGUUAUUGUCCAGGGCAAGGAUAUCAAUAUCCCGGUUAUCGAUUUGGAACGUUUGGACAAGGAGAUACUGAGAGAGGCAUGCAAGGAGUGGGGAAUAUUCCGUCUAGAGAAUCACGGAGUACCGUUGGCGUUAACGUCACGGCUUCAAGAAAUCUCGGAGUCAUUACUGAGUCUUCCGUUUGAGAAAAAACGGGAAUUGUUCGCUGCCGUUAAAUCUCCGUUAUCGUAUUUUUGGGGAACACCAGCUCUAAAUCGUUCAGGAGAUGCACUAAAGAGAGGAGCUCAAGCUUCGAACUUAACCAUGCUCGAAGGUUUCAACGUUCCUCUCUCGUCUCUCUCGUCGCUCUCGAAGCUUCCAACUUCUACUUGUUGUGAUGAUGAUGCUCAAGAAGAGCCUAAACUUGAGUCUUUCAGAGUGUUGAUGGAGGAAUAUGGAAAGCACAUAACUAGAAUUGCUGUGUCAUUGUUCGAAGCUAUAGCACAAACACUGAACCUAGAACUAUCCGGUAACCGGAGAUCAGAAUACUUAUCGGAAUCGACAGGGCUAAUAAGGGUUUACCGGUAUCCACAAAGCUCCGAGGAAGCAGCCAGAGAAGCUCUAGGAAUGGAAGUUCACACAGACAGUUCGGUUAUCUCAAUAUUAAGAGAAGAUGAAAGUGGUGGGCUUGAGAUCAUGAAAGGUGAAGAAUGGUUCUGUGUAAAGCCUGUUGCUAAUACUCUUAUCGUCAAUCUUGGAGAUAUGAUGCAGGUAAAUAAAGUAUAUCCAUGAGUUUAGCUCAAUUAUUUUUAUCAUUUUGAUUGAUGAAAUCUGAAAUUGUAUAUACAGGCCAUAAGCGAUGAUGAGUACAAGAGUGUGACACAUAGAGUGAAGAAGAGGAAUAGGAAGACAGAGAGACACUCAGUGUGUUAUUUUGUGUUUCCAAAGAGAGAUUGCGUGAUAAAGUCAUCAAACUAUAAGCUAUUCACUUACUCAGAUUUUGAAGCUCAAGUUCAAGCUGAUGUUCAGUCUCUUGGAACCAAGAUUGGCCUUCCUAGAUUCAACCCAAAUUCUCCAUUGUUUCUCUGACCGUGUCUGAAAUUUAGUAUCUAUUUGGUUUACCAAACUCUGGAUACUUAAGUUAGUCCAUCAAUAAGACUCAAACAAAGAAAGCUGUGUUUUUGACUCUGAAAUAAUUUUGGGCUGGCCCUGAUCAUCGUAGAGAACUUGACAAUAACAUUGUUUGUUGAACAUUAAAAACACUCUUUGUUUGCUCUACAAUGACGACGAUCCAUCUACUUAUUUUCUAUUGUGAUAGUGAUAUUUCAACAAACAGUAUUUGAAAAUUGGUUUGUGGCAUUGUAAAGCAAUUCUGCUUUAGUGAUAAUUGCCAUUAUGAAGCAGUUUUG